CUUAGCCCUAAACUUCACUGGUGGUUGGAGAAGUUGUUCUUGCAGCCAUCAGCCUAUAGUGAGGUAGACAGACGAGCUGUGACACCUUCCACCUGGCUCCAUACAUUCAAGUCCUGCCGCUCACCGCGCUCAUCUGUGUCAUCCACUCAGGUUGUAAUCUGUCAGUAUGGAGGAUUCAUCCGAGCAGUCCCACUGGGUGUCUCCAGCUCUGCUGAGCUCAGAUCCUCUGGCCGGUUUCUCCUCUGAGCCGGGCCUCCUGCCUCCAGGAGAAGAGGGAGAGGCCUUCUUCUCCAGCCAGGACUCAGACUACACCAGCCUGCCCUCCUUCUUCUCUGCCCCGAGCCACAGCCGAGCGCGCCCCCCCUACAGGCACAGCUCGGUCCGACAGGUGUUCACCUCCCCGAGCAUCCUCAGCAACUUCCAGCUGUUGGACGGGCCGGGUACCCUGAGCUCUCCCUACAACCCCCCGGUCUCCACCUGGAGCAGCAGCCCCCUCACCAAGACCUCGCUGCACUCCCACACCCCGACCUCCCUCUACACGCCCUGCAUCACAUCCUCCUCCUCCUGCUUCACCACCUCCAGAGACGGAUACUUGUCUCCGAGCAGAGAGGGCAGGGAGAGCCCCCGGCUCCAGGAGGCCCUGAAGGCCGAGCGCCUGAGCCCUCUGGGGGGGUCGGGGGCCAGCAGCAGCUUUCUGAAUCUGACUCCUGCUGCUGCCGGGAGUUUGUACACGCCGUCGUCCCACUCCCACCCACACAUGCUGAGCCCCUACGGCUCGUACAUGACAGGCCCACAAGAUUACAACUCUGCUGCCCUUUACACCAACCCAGCGUGGAUCAACCCCUCGUUCUCCCCCAAACUCCGCAAUAAGAUGAGGAUAACCACUCCAGAGGCCAGAGAGUGUGUUAACUGUGGAGCCACAGCCACCCCUCUGUGGCGUCGGGAUGGUACAGGCCACUACCUGUGCAACGCCUGUGGACUGUACCACAAGAUGAACGGCCAGAACCGACCCCUGAUCCGACCCAAGAAGAGACUGAUUGUCAGCAAGCGGGCCGGUACACUGUGUGCCAACUGUCACACAAGCACAACAACACUGUGGAGACGCAACGCCAACGGAGAGCCUGUGUGUAACGCCUGUGGACUCUACUUUAAACUGCACAAUGUCAACCGGCCCCUCGCCAUGAAGAAGGACAGCAUUCAAACACGCAACAGAAAAGUGUCCAACAAGAACAAGAAGAGCAAGAAGGUUGCCAUGUAUGAGUCGUACUUGGAUGGGACUCAGCAACAAUCCCUGGAUGACAACUGCGGGCCGUUUUCCCUCGGCCCCGGGACUCUCCUCACCUACGGCCACCCGCCUCAUCUCAUCCCAACGCCAUCGUCCCUGCAUCCCUCCGCCUCCUUACAAUACACACACCACCUCAACUCUGGCAUGAUGCCCACGAUGGUGUGAAAAUGACACCUGAAAGCUGUGUAGGAAUCAGCUUGCUUUGCCAGUUAUUUGUGUGAAUUUGUACAUAUGUGUUUCUACAUUGGAUUGUUUUCUGUUUAUUGUCACUGUAUUUUAUUAUCUGAUGAAGUAGGUUAAGUCAGAUAAAAUCACUCUACUGAUGUUGCUGCACAUGUAAACACACCGAUGAGGGAACUUUCAGCUGUAAAUACAAACACAAAUCGGAUUUGACGGCCCCAGUCUUCUAUUAUUCAUAAUGUGAAAUCAUACUUUUGUAUUUGCAAAAAAUAAUUUGUUGAAACUCUUCAGAGGAAAUAAUAAAAUGUGUGACUUAU